GUGCCGGGAGGCGGCUACAGGGAAAGUGUUCCACUGAUCUCCGGGAAGGUUGGUUAUGGCAGCUGCCAAGGUCCCGCCAGAUGUAGCUCUGCGAGAAGCCACGCACCGAAAAUUGCGAAAGUUUUCAGAGCUAAGAGGCAAAGCUGUGGCAGCUGGAGAAUUCUGGGACAUUGUUGCAAUAACAGCUGCUGAUGAAAAACAGGAACUUGCCUAUAAGCAACAGCUGUCAGAAAAGCUGAAAAGAAAGGCGUUGCCCCUUGGAGUUCAAUAUCAUGUUUUUGUUGAUCCUGUUGGAGCCAAAAUUGGAAAUGGAGGAUCAACACUUUGUGUCCUGCAAUGUUUGGAAAAGUUGUAUGGAGAUAAAUGGAGUUCUUUUACCAUCCUAUUAAUUCACUCUGGUGGCUACAGUCAACGCCUUCCAAAUGCAAGUGCUCUGGGGAAAAUUUUCACUGCUUUACCUCUUGGUAACCCCAUUUUUCAGAUGUUGGAACUAAAAUUAGCCAUGUAUAUUGAUUUCCCCCCACAUAUGAAUCCUGGGAUUCUGAUUACCUGUGCAGAUGAUAUUGAACUUUAUAGUGUUGGAGAAUCUGAGUUUAUCAGAUUUGACAAACCUGGCUUUACUGCUUUAGCUCAUCCUUCUAGUUUGACUGUAGGCACCACACAUGGAGUAUUUGUCUUAGAACCUUUUAAUUAUCCAGAAUUUAGAGAUCUCGAAUAUAGGUGUUGCCGUCGUUUCCUUCAUAAGCCCAGUAUAGAAAAUAUGCAUCAAUUUGAUGCUGUGUAUAAAGAAGGAAAUUUUUUUCAACAGGACUUUGCUAGAGGUGACACUCCCUCUCUUAAUUUAGGUACUGAGUAUGUCUAUACGGACAGCCUGUUUUACAUAGAUUAUAAAUCAGCAAAAAAGUUACUUGCUUUUUAUGAAAAAAUAGGCACACUGAACUGUGAAAUAGAUGCAUAUGGAGACUUUCUGCAGGCUUUGGGACCUGGAGCAACCAUGGAGUAUACCAGAAACACAUCAAAUGUCAUUAAGGAAGAGUCAGAGUUGGUAAACAUGAGGCAGAGAAUAUUUCAUCUUCUUAAAGGAACACCACUAAAUGUUGUUGUUCUUAAUAACUCCAAAUUUUAUCACAUUGGAACAACUGAAGAGUAUUUGUUUCAUUUGUCUUCAGAUAGCAAUUUGAAAUCAGAGCUUGGCUUACAGUCCAUAGCUUUUAGCAUCUCUCCAGCAAUACCAGAAUGCUCUGGUAAAACAUCCUGUGUCAUUCAAAGUAUAUUGGAUUCAAGAUGUUCUGUGGCACCUGGCUCAGUUAUUGAAUAUUCCAGAUUGGGGUCUAAUGUUUCAGUUGGGGAAAACUGCAUUAUCAGUGGUUCUUAUAUCAUAACAAAAGCCAUCCUGCCCCCAUAUUCUUGUGUGUGUUCCUUAAGCUUAAAGAUGAAUGGACAUUUAAAGUAUUCAACUGUGGCAUUUGGAGUACAUGACAACUUGAAAAAGAAUGUUAGAACAUUUUCAGAUAUAAAAUUACUUCAAUUCUUUGGAGUCUGUUUCCUGUCAUGUUUAGAUAUUUGGAAUCUUAAAGUUACAGAGGAACUGUUCUCUGGGAAGAAGACAUAUCUGAGUUUGUGGACUGCUCGCAUUUUCCCAGUUUGUUGUUCUUUGAGUGAUUCAGUUACAACAUCCCUAAAAAUGUUACAUGCUGUAAAGAACAAGUCGUCAUUCAGCCUGAAUAACUAUCAGUUAUUGUCCAUUGAAGAAAUGCUUAUCUACAAAGAUGUAGAAGACAUGAUCACUUACAGAGAGCAAAUUUUUCUAGAAAUUAGUUUAAAUAAAAAGCAAUCUGAUUUAGAGACCUCUUAAAUAUUGUGUCCUUUGCCUUCAUUGAUUGAACAAGAUUGCAAAUACAGGAGUUUUCUGUAGACUUUUUUUUUUUGGCUUGUUUCACUGAAAUGAACUAAUGAAAAUUGUAUUAACAUUGUUAUCGUAGCAUAACAUUAACCACAAAAUACAGAUAAACUAUUUUUCAAUGAAAGAAUCAAUAUUGCAAGGCUAUAAGUUAGAAAAGGCAUACUUCUUUUUUCCAUGUUCACUACUAUUUUAAUUUUCCUUUUAAUAAGGAUAGAUUUGUAGAGCAUUGUUUUGUUCCCAUAAUACCAUAGAAAUUUUUUAAAUCUAAUUUUCUAAAAAUACCCUUAGAAUUUUUUCAUCUUCUUUUGGACUUUGGUUCCAAUAAAGUUCUAAGUAUUUCUUUACACCUUUCAUCAAAUGUAGCUAUAUUUAGAGAUGAACUAAUAAAAUUGACAUAUUAUAGGGUCUUCAGUGUGUUGUAGGAAUACAGUAGAAAUAAUUUUUUGAAAACAUAUAUAGCUGACAGUUUCAGAUUAAACCAAUGCUUAAUAAUCUGAUUAUUUAAAUGCAUAAGUAACUGGAUACAGCCAGUUCUGAAUAAAAGUCUUUGUCUCUCAA